AUGGAUGGCGUCGUCGUCGUCGAGCAUUCGCCUGCUCCUGCUGCUCAAUUUUUGUUUGUGGGCGGAGUCGCACUCGUGUGUUCUGAAGCACUAUUCUCGACGCCUAUUGUGCUCGCGGCAUCCGGCGCAAAAAUAUCAUCGUCACCCGCUGCUGUCGCGGUGAAGAUGAUGCCGUCGACGUCAAUGUCGUCGACAUCAUCGAAUUAUAUCAAUACGGAUCUUCCGAAUCCUAACGAUGAGCCGGAAAUCAGCGACUCGCAUUUUCUGAAGAACGCGAUCAAUGAGACGCGAAGGCAAUCGCAGCACGCCGAGCGGCUCUACCGCGAGCGGAAUCCCGCCCUGGUGGCGGAUAGUCGCCGCGAAACCGCGCAAUUAUAUCAAAAAUAUCGCGACGACGAAGAGAAGAAGCGAAUGGAGGAGUCGAAGAGUAAAGAGGUUUUCGCGAACACGCCGAUUUCGAGGAAUCAUGAUCGCAAACGCCGUGUCGCUGAGAUGGACGAUGAUUGGGCGAAGCGUGCCGGCGGACCUGCAUGGGGACAGCCGAACGCUUAUCAGAUGCAUCAGCAGGCCGCCUAUCAGCAGCAACAACAGCAGCAGUACAUGCUCAUGCAGCAGCAUCAGCAGCAGCAGAGGGAGUUGAUGGCGCAGCGGUCGGCGGCGGCGGUUGCUGCCGCUGCCAUCGCCCAGCCGCCGUCGUUUCCGAUGCGUCCGAACUACGGGAUGAUGGCGACGUCAUCGAACGGCGUCAAAUCGGAGCCGGUCACACCGUCGACGACGCAUCACGCGAGCCCGAUCACGCCGGCGUUGAAGCUCGCCGAUGAUUUGAGUGAUCUGCCGACGCCGGGCAACGUCGACUUCCUCGCCGAAUCCGAGUUUCGGUGCGACAACGAUGUGAUUCGCGAUUUGGGACCCGAUUGUCUUGAAGGCGAGGAUCUGUUCGCUGAUGUCGAAGCGCCGAUGUUCACGAGCACACCGUUGCCGAUGAAUGAGGUGCCGCAACAAUCGGCACCGAUGCAGCAGCCGCAGCCACAGCCACAUCAGAAUGGGUAA